AAAUCUAUUUAUGAUUUCCCGAUGGCUGAUCUUUAUGUGAAAAGGGUCGUAAGCUCUUCACGAAUCUUUAGCUAUAUUGUUUAUUUUGAUAUAUUGAUUUGGAGGAUUUGUUUUUUUGAUCGAUGGUUUUGAUUAUAAAGUCGUCAUGGCAAAUCUUAAUCCACAACGGUUUGCAGGUUCAUAUACGCUCUGUAAUUUAGAUUUGAUCGGUCGAUAGUUUCGACUUUCGAUCUCAAAAAUCAGAUCUUUAUCAGGAGUUUUCAGGUUCUUCCUCUCUUAUGCUGUUCUAAGUGGGUUCAGGUUCUUUUUCUUGUAUCUUCUAUGAAGAGAUGGGGGUUAUAAACAAAAUUUUAUCUGCAAAUUUACUUGCUGUGGCAGAUCGAUAGGGUUAUUGGCCCAUAUCCGCGAGAAAUUAAAGCUUAGAUAUUAUUAUCCACGCGGUUCAUGACGAUAAUUCCAGUUUCUCCUUUUAUGUUCUUAUCUUCGAACAUGGUUAUGGAAGAUACAUCAGGUUAUUGGUUGAUAGGUGGAUAAGUUAUGAAAAAUAUUGUUAGCCUUCUUCAAUUUUCUACCUUGGAUGAUAAUUUGAUUUUGAUCUGAAGGCUCUGUUGUGCCAGAUCCAGAUCCAUAGUGGGGAGAAACUGUCGGCAUAUAUUAUUAGCCUCUGAUUCCAGGUUCUUCAUCUGGUAGCAUCUUCCUUUGAUAAUAAUACAGUUUUGAUUGCAAAGCCUGGUGUGGCAUAAUGCCCUGUCUAUGUUUUUAGGGGCUGGAAAUUAAGAUCCGAUAAUAACAUCUUCCAAAGAAGUCGUUAUAUCAGAUUCUAGAUUUUGAUGAUCAAUUCAUGUGGGGUUGAUGUUAUUUUGCUGGAUCUGUUCCUCAUGAUUUGGCUAUUGGAUGGUUAUAUCUCUCUCUUCUUUUGACUGGAUUACUUCAUUUUGUUUGUUGGUAAAUGAAAAGCAACAUCCUUUAUGGAUUUUUCUCAAUUUUCAUCCAUAUCAAGUUGCUGGUUUCUGUAAGCUGCUGAUAUAUGGGGAAGAGAUCUGCUUGUUUUCUUUGUUGAUAGGUUUGUUGGGUGCCAAAAAUCAUGGUCCAGGCAUCUUGAUGACCAUCUAUUUUGCUGGGUCUAAGAAAGCUUGCAUCUUCUUUGAUCAUUCUGCUGAUCCAAGGAGACUUGAACAUGGAUUGAACCGUUGUGCUUCUGGUUUUCCUACAAUUUUUAAGAUCAUUUUCUUUUCUAGCUAUAACAUGAUUGUGAAGAGGCUACCCUUGGUCCUGUCGGUUUUGUUGCAAGGAGCAAUACAUGAUUUGAGAGCCAGCAGAUAUGCUAGAUUCCUAUCAGGUGUUUCAAGGUUCUUCAUAUCACUCGUAUGUUGGUAUAAGAGGUUUCAGGUUCUUUUUCUAGUAUCUUCUAUAUCUGGGGUUAUUGGUCCAUAUCUGCAAGAAACUAAGAUUAGAUGUUAUUAUCCAAGUGUUCAUCACGACAAUUCCGGGUUCUUUUUGUAUGCCCUUAUAUUCGAUCAUGGAUUGGUUGAUCAGGGUUAUUGGUUUGUAGGUGGGGAGAAACUGUCAGCAGAGAUAUUAUUGGCUUAUGGUUUCAGGGGCCGGAAAUUCGGAUCUGAUAACAUCUUCCAAAGAACUCAUAAUAUCAGAUUCUUGAUUUUGAUGAUCCGUUCAGUUGUAAAUGUGGGGUGGAUGUCAUUUUGCUGGUUAUUGGGAGGCUGCUUUCUGCUCAUCAUCUCUGUUUAUGUAGGUUUGAUUGGUGCCAAAUACAAUGGUGCAGGCAUCUUCUUAUUUGAUCAUUCUGCUGGUCCAAGGAAACUUGAAGGUGGGUUCAGCCUUUGUGCCUCCUGGUCUAAUAAGAAAGCUCAUAUGCGAAUAGGUCUUGUCCAUCCUGGUUUGUUUCCAGCUACUAGGCUUCUUCUGUCAAUCCCUUUUUGUAAUCUUGCUUUUGUCGAUCUUUUUAGUAAAGAGGCUAGCCUUGGUAAAGCACUUGUGAAGUUCAAGAAAGCUUGUAUGUGGAUUGGGCCUUUGUCCUUCCUUUGUGGCUUUUCCAUGAAUCCUUUCUGUGAUCUUUUUUAUGGUUUUGCUCAAACAAUAAACAACACAUGGAGGAUUAUUGUUGUCUACAUAAGUUUGCUGGUUGUCAAAAGCUAUAAUCCAGGUCCAAGGAAAGAUGUGCGUGGAUUGGACCCUUCUUGUUCCUGGUCUAAGAAAGCUUGUAUGUGGAUUGGAACAGAUGAUUUACACUUGCAGUUGAUUAGUAUUUUUCGGUGUUUGAUCGGUGGCAUAUAA